GCUGUGGUUUGACAGCUACGGUUAUGUUCAGCAGAAAAUGUCCGCAGCUUGGGUGACUCGAUCGAAUGUACCUAGAUGGUUGAAAUAGAAACAGAUUCGUUUGGCAAACGGGUGAACACAACGGGUGCACCGAAAAGUGAAUCGAUGUGCGAAUAGGUCCGUAAGCUAUUAAACGAAUAGAGAAAAUACUACGUGCUGCAGGACGCCCAGUUCCAUACAUACACUGACAUCGUUUCGACCCAAAACCCGACAGUGCGAUAGUGUUAGUGAGGGCUGUGUCAGAACAACAAUUGUGAAGUAGUUUGGUGUUUGCGUUGCUCGUUUUGUAAACAAAUUGAGUAGUAGUUGAUAUUUUCGUGCACGCAAUCAUGACGGACAAAGGUUUGAUGAAGCGCAUUUCAUUGUCAUCGAAAAGUCGGGCCAGUUUCCCUUCCGGUCAUGGGGGACAUGUGUCGGCCGGAUCAGCAUCAUCAUCAUCUUCAUCAGCUGUUCCUGGCAGUGCUGGUGUCGUCGGCCCAGGAUGCAGUAAGCUUCCACCGGUAAAACCGUCACUGGUCGGCAGCAUCCCAUCGCCCAGCUCGCCGGAUCAAACCGUGCUAUUUCCGCACAUUAAAACGCUAGACAACUCGAAGGUGUUGCCAAAGUAUACGGCAGCGCUAGCGAAUACCACGGAAGAAUCGAUACCGGCUGAAGAUUUGGACACAAUUCAGCUGGAGCUGGAGCUGCUAUUGUCGACCGUUGCGUUGCGAUCGCGUGUGCUGAAGGCGGAACUGGAAACGAUCGACAAAGCGGACGAGCGUCGCGAACGCAAAGGAAAGCAUUUGGAGCGGGCACCUUCGUCGCCGGGCAAGCGGAAACGCUUGGAGGAAAAACAGAAAUUGCGCGAAAGCGCCGGCAAGUUGUUCGGGCAUCAGAUGAAGCUAUCGAAGAUGAAACAUUCAUCCACGCUCGUGCCACCAUCCCCGGCACCGUCACAACAUACGGACGAUAGCAUGGAUGCGGUCCCUUUCCUGCCACAAAACCAUCAUCUACAGCACCUAAGCAGUGACAGUUCGAAGCCGAUCGUGCCGAAGAAUGAUACGCCCAACAAAUUUUGGCUUUCGGUCGAACCGUACUGUAUGCCGAUUUCGCAUGAAGAUUUAAAGCUUUUGGACGAUCUGCUAGAGGAAUACUCCGGUCCACUGAUUCCGCCCAUACCCGAGCUGGGCCCGCAUUACAGCACCCAGUGGGCAGCGGAUGACAUCAAAGAGGAGCAGGAUGGUGUAGCUAAUUCGGUUGGGUCCAAAUCGAAAUCCAAAACCCUGACCAAUGGCGAUGUUAGCAAAAAGGAGAAGAUAAUGGGAGAAGGAAUCACGGGUCCACUGACGCAACGGCUUGUGUCGGCACUGAUGGAAGAGAACCUGCAUCCCGACUGUAGCAGCAACGAGAACAGCAACAGUAGCUCCGACGUUACACACAGCAAUCACGCCCGCAGUGCCGUUUCUUUGCUGAAAAAUGGAAUCAGCAUCGAGCGAAGGCUUCGCCGGGAGCUUAUCGAGCAGGGCAUACUGGACGCAGACGAUAUGCCGAAAAGUCAGCAGGACGAUGAAAUACUUUCCGAAAUUAAUCGCGUGCGCACGGAGCUGGCAGUGAUUGCGGAAUACAAUUCGAACGAGAUUCGUAAACUACAAUCAAUGGCAAAGGACGAAAUGAAGCGGAUUGAGGUCAAACGAAAGUUGGAUCGGGUUGAUCAGGAGAUAAUGGACACAUAUCAAAAAGUGAUUGCGGCGCGGCUGAAACGCCGACAGCUGACCAAACAGGAACGAGAUGAGGUGUAUCGAUUAACCGAGGAACAGAAGCGUCUUUCGGAUCAGCUGGAGCUUAUGCCUGUGCAUGGGCCAUUCGGAAGGACUACGAACUAGUGUGAGCCGUGUGUGUUUUUGCGUUUCGCAAAUUGUAUGCUGUGUCAUUACGAUGCAUUAUCCAAGGUAAUUUAUUUAAUUUUUUUUUUAUAAAAUUGAUAUGUUAGUGCA